GAUCCUUUAUCCGGUCACCAUGGUGGUUGGACGACUGACGCACUACGCUUUCGAUGCCGUUCUCAGUAUGUGCUGUGCCACCCCGCCCUAUGUGAAGGUCGAGGUCGAGGUCGAGGUCGAAGUCGAAGGGGCCUUGGAAUCGAUGCUAACCCGUGUUCCGUUCAGUUUCUGCGUUUCUCGCAGGGAUGAAGCGCUCAACGGGCCUGACGUGAGUAUACAUCCUGAUCCUGCCCUCCAUGGCCCCCGCGCUCGAGAUGCUUGCCGGCGAAUGCGACUGACACGUGCCCAUGCUGCGGGAUGUCCUAGGCCCAGUUUCAAGACCGACAAAGUCGCCGGCGACAACAAGGAAGUCUCGAAAUGGAUUGACAAGUACUUAGGAGUUGGCGAGUGGGUCAUGGAUCAGUCGGUCGCCAUCGCCGGCUCCAGCGGCUUCUUUGAGCGCACCCGAUGAGGAGCAUCGUCGCAGCUUUCGCAGCUUCUGGGGUCCGCAUCUGGGUUGGACCGCUACUUCCUCCACGUCGUCGAACCUCCUCCCUCCUUCUCAUCGCUGUACGCUGUGUCUCGAUUCGUGCUCGCUGCGGCUCGUCGGAAUAGUCGUGCGGAAAUAUCCGCGUCGGGUGCUGUUGGAGACGUCAUGCUCGUAGGGCCCCUCGCAAAGGGAGUGCCGAGCUCAGCAUCGUGUGCGUCUUUACUGGGGCGUUUUGGGACUGGUUCGUGGGCUCGCGGGGCCGCCGUUGUCGAUUUUUUGGUCAAUCUCGUCGUCAAAAAUCAACUCAUUACCUCAUGACGAAAGGGGGCUCGGGGGCGUCUGGCGAAUUUCGAAACCCGUUGCUGGUCGCGUCGGGGUCUGCUGCCGUGCCAUCCCCACAACCGGCUCAUAGCCGAGGUUACCCGUGACUCGCUGCCCGCCUGCGUUUCCCGGCAAGCGCAAGAUGCUACAUACCUACCUAGGUAGCUUUGGGCGAAUUCACUAAUACUAUUGACAUAAUGAACGUUAGUGGUU